AUGCAAGAGAAUGGAUGCGCAUUGACUGCUGCAUAUGCCAUCGGUGGCGUGUAUCCUGAUGGCUCCGGGAAGACGGGUUAUUCUGCCGAAAUUGGGCUGUUUAGGAACAAUUGGGGUAUGAUCACUGAAUGUUGCAGCGGAUACAUUGGCGCAUCUGCAGACCAGUGGAAUUCUUUGGGUUUGCAAAUCCACAACGACGACAACACCGGCGUGAGGUGUCAGAAAGAGUGUCGGAAUGCGAUGGGCCUGCCCAAAUUCUUCGCUCGCCAAAGGGCUGGGACCAAUGAUACGAGUGCUGGCCAGCCAUAUGCUGACGCCAUCUAUGGCACGUACAUGAGCUUCUUGCAAUCGGACGGCGGUGUACAUAUGUCCGAUGGGAUGGCGACAUGCAUCUUGAAAGAGGAGCUCGAAACCGGCCAAAUACUCUUCAUAAUUAGAGGCUAUAUCGACUUGGGCUAUGCUAGUAAAGAAGUCUUCGACAGCAAGGGCCAGCCUAUUUUCACACUUGGCAAAGAAAGUAGAUGGAACCCGAAGCAGUACUGGCUCGAGGCACGCGAUAUCUCAUCAUUCACCACCGUCGAUUGGAGCUGCAGCACAUCAGCAAUAACAAAAUUCCACUUCGUAAACUCAGCGACCGACCAGCCCGUCGAGAUGUGCAUGUCCGCCUCGUACUUCUCUCGCUAUGGUGAAUAG